CGGCCGCUCCGCCCAGACGCGGCGAGAUGGAGCGGGGCCGGCGGGCUGAGCGGCGGAGGGGAGGCCGGCGGGGCGGCCAUCGCGGCCUCGACACCUUCGCGGCGGAGGCGGAGGCCGCGCUGAGGGCUAGCCUGGAGGGCGAGGAGGCGGGCGAACCGGAGGCGAAGAAGUUCCCCUGCCCCCUCGCCAUGUGGGAGCUCGGACACUGCGAUCCCAAGAAAUGCACCGGGAGGAAACUGGCCCGAAAAGGGCUGCUCCGCACCCUGCGGCUCCGCCAGCGGUUCCCGGGGCUGGUCCUCAGCCCGCUGGCCACCGAGUGCGUCUCCCCCGCGGACAGGCAUGUCAUUGCCCAGAGUGGAAUUGCAGUCAUAGAUUGCUCUUGGGCCAAACUAGAAGAAACUCCCUUUCAGAGAAUGAGAGGAGGUCACCCGCGGCUGCUGCCCUACUUGGUGGCUGCCAAUCCCGUCAACUACGGCCGCCCGUGCAAGCUGUCCUGCGUGGAAGCUUUUGCUGCAACAUUUUGCAUUGCUGGAUUCCCAGACCUGGCCACCAUUCUUCUAAGGAAAUUUAAGUGGGGCAAGACAUUUAUUGACUUGAACAAAAAUCUCUUGGAAAAAUACGCAGCCUGUCAGUGCCAGGAAGAAGUGCUGAGAGUUGAAAAGGACUUUUUAGCCAGUGCCCACGAAACAAAAGAUGAAGAAAUAGAUCCAUUUGACGUUGACUCAGGAAAAGAAUUUUCAAAUCCCAACAGACCAAUCAAUUCUCCAGGACUAGCAGAAAGUGAUGAAGAAUCUGAGGAGGACAGCGUGAGCACUCCAGAUGACGCCACUGAAAGCAGUGAUGAGAGCAGUCCAGAAGAUUCAACAACAGCCAAUAAAUCAACUACUUGAAAAGUAAAAAACCCAAACAAACCCAAAACCCCAACAAAUGCACACAAACCCCCACAUACAAGUACAGAACUCCCUCCCCCCAACAAUCCCAAAGAGUUGUAACAUCUUUAUAUAAAGAAAUUUUCUUGUCAACAA